UUUAGUAAUUUAUUCUAAAAAGAAUGGUUAAUAAAACAGAAUUGGAAGCUAAACUAAAUGAAUUGCAAAAAUGGUUUCAAGAUAAUCCAAAAUUACCUCAAGAAAUCGAUCGUUAUCUUCUUAAGCGUUUCCUAAAGUGUAUGUAUACUGAUGUGGAGGAAACUAAAAAAUUAAUUGAAAUUAAUUAUUCGCAAAGAAGUAAAAAUCCCCAUAUAUUUAUCGAUCGUGAUCCUGAUGAUGAAGCAGUAAAACAAAUUCGGGAAGUAACUGAUAUAGUGGCGUUGCCAGGUUUAACCCCAGAUCGCUGUAAAAUACUCUGCUAUCGUUUAGUUGAUCAUGACGCAAAUAAGAUGAACAGCAUUGCAGAAUGUAAACAAUUUUUCAUGUUAUCCGAUACUCGUUUUACAAUGAAUGAUUUGGAUAUAGAAGAGAGUCUCAGUAAAACCAACAAUGGUUCUGAUACAGAAUUAGAUAAUAUGGCUGAUGGAGAUAUUCAAAUAGUAGACAUAUCUGGUUAUACAAUGCGCCAUAUAUACAAAGUUUCAAUCAGUACAAUGCGUAUGCAUAUGAAGUUCCUGCAAGAAGCCUAUCCUGUGCGAUUGCGUGCUAUGCAUAUUAUUAAUUGUCCUUCAUAUUUAAACAAAUUAAUUGCUGUGUUAAAACCCUUCAUACGAGAAGAUGUCUACAAAUUGAUACACUUUCAUACAACUGGACUGGAUACCUUAUAUGAACAUGUACCACGUGACAUGUUACCUGAAGAAUUUGGAGGUAGUGCAGGAAAAUUAGCGGAUAUUAAAGCUAAAUGGACAGAAAGAGUUCAAGAGAAAAAAGGCUAUUUAAUGGAUGAGAGGCAAUGGAAAGUCGAACAAGUAGAAUCUUCAAGUCGCUGGUCUUGGUUUUAGUUAUUAAUAUUUUGAAUUUAUUAUCUCACAA